AGGAAUGCCGUCUGUAUCACAGCUGACUACAGAGCUAUCAACGCAACUACCAUCUCAGUACUGAACUCAAACCGUAUCAAGACCCCCGAUGGCCCUUUGGAUCAGAUCACAGGAUUCGGAUACAAGACUGAGACUGAGGGACAACUCUCUGUACAACUAGCUGGAGUCCCAGUGGCAGCACCUUAUUGGAUCAUCAAGCUUGGACCAGUUGUAAAUGGCCAAUACCAAUACUCCAUAGUCUCUGACCCAAUUCGUUAUGCACUAUUCGUCCUCGCCAGAGACCCACAGGAAUUUGCUGAGAAGUACGACAAAGAGGUCUUGAGCUACUUGGAAGGAGAGAAAUUCACUGACUUUGAAAACAAACCAAUGGAGG